UGAUUUAAGAGUGCGAUUAGCCGAUCACGUUAGCUGAAACCCGGACGCUGUCUCUAGUGGACGCUCAGCUCAGUCCGCUCGCUGCUGAUCAUCAUGAUUCGGUUCUUGGUGUGUGUCCUGUGCUUUCUUCUGACCGCCUCAGGGAAGUCCAUUCAACUGGAUGAGGAGAACCCAGAGUUUUGGAGAAGUCAGGCUCAGGCUACGCUGAAUUCGGCUCUCAGGAGGAAACCCAACACUAAUGUGGCCAAAAACAUUGUUCUGUUCGUGGGAGAUGGAAUGGGCAUCACCACAAUCACAGCCGCUCGCAUACUGAAAGGCCAACUGGAGGAACAUCCAGGAGAGGAGACCGUCAUGACCAUGGACACGUUCCCUUACGUCGGUCUCGCUAAAGUGUACACAGUAGAUUUUCAGAUCCCGGACAGUGGAGCAACAGCGACGGCCUAUCUGUGUGGUGUGAAGACAAAUCUGAACAUUGUGGGUCUGAACGCUGCUGCACGGAACGGUGUGUGUCGCACACAGACAGGAAAUGAGGUCACGUCCAUCCUCAAAUGGGCUAAAGAUGCAGGGAAGUCAGUUGGCAUAGUAACGACGACACGUGUACAACACGCCACUCCAGCGGCCUCUUAUGCGCACAGCGCCAGCAGGAAGUGGUACAGUGACGCUGACAUGCCCGCUGCGGCCAAGAGAGACGGCUGCACCGACAUCGCCUCCCAGCUCAUCUCCAACACGGACAUCGAUGUGAUUAUUGGCGGUGGCCGUAAGUACAUGACCCCUAAAGGCACGAUGGACCCUGAGUACCCCACAGACCUGAACUCAGCUGGCACGAGAGAGGACGGACGCAACCUCAUAAACGAGUGGAUCAACAUGAAAGAGGGAAAGGUAGCUCGCUAUGUGUGGAAUAAGACAGAGUUUGAUGCGGUGGACCCAGAAUCCACGGACUACCUGAUGGCCCUGUUUGAACCCGGUGAUCUGAGGUUCGAGGUGGAAAGGGACCCGCUCACAGAUCCCUCCAUCAUGGAGACGACUGAGAAAGCCAUCCGCAUCCUACAGAAGAACCCGAGAGGAUUCUUUCUGCUAGUGGAGGGGGGACGUAUCGAUCAAGGACACCAUGCUAGCCGUGCCUCGAUGGCACUGCAUGAAACUGUCGCCCUUGACAAUGCUGUUGCCCGGGCGCUGGACCUGACCAAUGAGGAAGAGACACUGACCGUUGUCACUGCUGACCACUCCCACUCGCUCUCGUUUAACGGGUAUCCCUUCAGAGGCAACAGCAUUCUAGGUAAAUCUCCUGUCUACGGGACGGACAUGCUCCCCUUUACCACACUGAUGUAUGGAAACGGACCUGGACACAAAAUCCUCAACAACAAACGACUUGACAUCCGCAAAGUGGACACCAGGAGUAGGGACUACGUGCAGCAGGCGGCGGUUCCUCUCGACACGGAAACUCACGGUGGCGAGGAUGUGGCCCUGUUGGCUCGAGGCCCCAUGGCUCAUCUGUUCCAGGGUGUUAAUGAGCAGAGCUACAUCGCUCAUGCUAUGGCCUAUGCAGCCUGCGUGGGAACCAAUCAGAACCACUGCUACACUGCACGCAGCUCUGCCCCUGACAUGCCCUGACUUAAUCACUAAUAUUAAUAGUAAUAUUACCUCAAUUCUUCAAUCUGAUUUACUCAUCACAGUUUACUAAAUGUACGUCUGUUUUUUUUUCUUUAAAUCAGCGGACCCUUUAUGACUUCAUUUAUCACUACAUAUUUUCUCUGUUAUUUUAUUAAAAAUAAAUUCCUCAGUAAAUCAGAAUAACCUUACUGUAAUGUGCAUAUCAAAUUGAAAACUUCAAUCUACUGUAAAUAAUUGUGUAUAUUUAUUGCUGAAAUUUAUACAAACAUGGGUGCACUCAAUUAAAUUAAGGGAACUUUAUACGGUGUAACUGAAAUUUUCUCAUUAAAAAUAAAAACAUGAUGCUCAUUUUGCUCAUUCUAAACAUCUUU